AUAUACUUCUUCGGUUAACAUCAUGGCGUCCGAAAAACAAAUAGCUGCAAGUGAUGAUAGUAAGGAUAAAACGAACGUGAACAAAGGUCGGCACCGAAAGAAGCACAAGUAUAAUGCCAUACGAACGCAAAUAGAGUUUUAUUUUUCCGACGCAAAUCUCAGCAAGGACCGCUACAUGGGGCAGUUGAUGCAAAAUGAUCCGUGUAUACCGCUGGAAGAGUUUCUAAAGUUCAACAAAAUCAAAGCUCUGGCGUCAAAUGUGGAGGAAAUUGCGACGUCGUUGAAAAGUUCCACCUUUCUUACCCUGUCGGACGAUCAGUCCAAGGUCCGACGCACCACAAAUCCUUCGAUAGCACGGGACAACGAACCGUGUACCUUGUACGUGGAAAGCCUGCCUCCGAAAGCAAACCAUGAUUGGGUUCGAAAUGUUUUUUCCGCCUAUGGUAAGGUGGCGUAUGUAUCGCUGCCAACGUUUAAACACUCGAAAAAGAUCAAAGAGUUCGGCUUCGUUGAGUUCGAAGAGGAAGCGAGCGUCCAGAAAGCCCUGAAAGCGUUUCAAACAUUUGGCGGGGUGUUGGCGUUUGAGACUACCGAUCCGGCAAAAAUGGCUAGCAUUAAAACGUUCGAUCAAGAGAAGCGAGAGUUGGAGCAACAAUCAACCGGGGGUCUGCUAUCCAUGACGGAAGGCAAAUCAGAAGAUGAGAUACAUGUAGGCUCACCGGGAAUUAAGGAAGAGGAACAAUUUGUUGUUAAACAAGAAAACGAAACAGACCCUCAACCUGGCGAGGAAUCCUUGGAACCUCCUGCAAAGAAAAUUAAAACUGAUACGAGUGAAGGUGAAGACACGCAAGAUGAAUCCCACACUGAUCUGGAGGACCCAACCGAGGAAGAAGAAAAUGAAACGGAGAAGGAAGCGGAAAAGGAUGAAUCAGCCCCGAGUACCAAACAGGUUUCCACGGCACAAGAAGGGAAGAAAAAAUGUCGCCAAAGGAAGGGCUGUAGUACGAUAAAGAAAGAACUGCAGUUGGAUGAUAAGAUGUACGAGUUAAAAAUAAUGACCAAACAAGAAUGGCGACGGCUGAGAAACAAGUAUCUCAACCUACAGCGUAACGAAGCAAAGAAAUUGAAAAAGCUAUUCGCCCAUUCCGACAAACAUCCCCAACGGGGUCAUCCUAAGACCAACGCUUCUAACGUGGUCGGUGGAAUCGCUAUGAAAUCUAUUAAAUCUUCCCCAAGAGUCAACUUCUACGGUGCUAUGCCGAUCGAAGACGAUCAAUCUGAGAUGGAAGAGGCAGUCCAUCAGCCAGAAAUGGCAGACGAAAGCGUCGCCCUUACGAAACAACCACUGUUUUCCUUCGAACCGGGGCUGAUAGUGAGCGUUAAGUUUCGCGAACCAUGCGUGGAUGUGAAAGAUUUUCGGGCCGAACUACGGCAGUACCCUUACGUAAAGUAUAUAGACGUUAAGGAGGGCGCAUUUGAGGCAUUUGUGCGUGUCGACAAACCGGCUUCGGCGAACGCGCUUGUGAAGGAGUACAGCUCGGCUGAACAUAGUGCCCAAAUACUGAGCGGGGAGCUGGAACAGCAGUACUGGAAUAAGAUGAUGCGUGAUCGGGACGAUAAACUGAACAAGCGCGUUAAACCGGAGAAAGUGCGGGGCCGUACGAAGCUGAUUCGUAAAAUUGCCAGCCACAUUAAAUUUGAUGACGAUGAUGACUGAUAGGUGGAAAGUGAAACUGGGGAAAGAAUAAAGAAUGAAUUACGAUUAUCUUUCAAUUUUUAAAUCACAAGAUCUUUUAGAGACGUAUUACCCAAGUAAUUAUCUGUAGAUACAUUAAAGAUACCGUGAUGUAGUAUUUCUCAAAUUAAUCGGCGGAAUAUAAACACGUGUUUUAUAU